GAGCCUCAACUGCGAGGCCCGGCGCGCGUCAGGCUCCGUGCGCGCGGUAGCUGGUUCCCGUCUGAGGGAUCGGGGGGAGGGGGCGCUGUCCGCACCGUCCCGCAGCUGCUGUCCCCUCCCUGGGUGGUGCAUACGGGCAGCGCUGGGCUGGCGCCCAUCACUGGAGAGUGAAUAGCCCCUUCCAAUCCCUGUUCCUGCGCCCCGUAGACUCUUCUCCUGAGCUCUGGGUUCUCCCUCCCUUCCCUGGCCCUACAGGGAGGGGUGUGUAAAUCUCCACAACUACCGUACUCUAGUGACUCUUCUAUUGUUGCUUGUCCCUUUAUUUCGUUAGGCUGAGGCCAGGCUCACCGGACUUCCAUUGCCAGGACAGCGCUACUUUGGAGAGAUGGCUGCUGAGGAAUCCCAACCCCUGUUGAGCUCCAGGAAGCCAACAAAGUCCAGAACAGAAAGCUAUAUCUGGCCACCUUUGCUGCUGUUUUGGGACCCCUCAGCUUUGGAUUUGUCCUAGGUUACAGUUCACCAGCUAUUCCAGAUCUGAAGAAAAUUAGUGACCCUAAAUUAAGAUUAGACACCAACGAAGCAUCAUGGUUUGGGUCUGUAGUAACAUUAGGAGCUGCUGCUGGAGGAAUACUGGGAGGCUGUAUGGUGGAUAAAGUUGGGAGGAAGUUGAGUUUGAUGCUGUGCUCAAUACCAUAUGUCUCUGGGUUUACAAUUAUCAUAUCCGCCCAGAAUGUCUGGAUGCUUUACAUUGGACGAAUAUUGACUGGGUUAGCCAGUGGCAUAACUUCACUUGUUGUUCCAGUGUAUAUUUCUGAAAUAUCCCACUCAAAAAUUCGAGGAACACUUGGCUCAUGUGUUCAGCUGAUGGUGGUGACUGGUAUACUGGGAGCUUACGUUGCAGGAAUGGCACUCAGAUGGCGCUGGCUGGCUGUGCUAUGUUCUUUCCCACCCUGCAUAAUGCUCGUGUUCAUGUCCUUCAUGCCUGAAACACCUAGGUUCCUGCUGAACCAGAAAAAACGCACUGAAGCUAUGGCUGCUUUACAGUUUCUACGGGGAUCAGAGGUGGACCAUGAAUGGGAAUGCAGGCAGAUUGAAACCAGUGCAGAGGAGCAGCACAGACUAAGUGUUGCGGAAUUUAAGAAUCCAUCUAUCUACAAGCCAUUUCUUAUUGGUGUGGCACUGAUGUUCUUCCAGCAAGUAACAGGGAUUAAUGCAAUUAUGUUUUAUGCAGAAACUAUCUUUGAAGAAGCUAAUUUUAAGGACAGCAGAAUGGCCUCUGUUGUUGUGGGUUCCAUACAAGUGUUUUUCACAGCUGUGGCUGCACUUAUUAUAGAUAAAACUGGGCGAAAAGUACUGCUUUCUAUUUCAGGGGUCAUUAUGGCUAUCAGCACUGCAGCAUUUGGGCUGUACUGUAAAGUGAUCCUUCCAAACCCUCAGAAUUCAUCACAACCUGACUUAUUGACUACACUAAAUUCAGCAUCUGUAGGAGCAGAAAACAACCUAGCAUGGUUGGCUGUAGUGAGCUUGGGGCUGUUCAUCACUGGUUUUGCCCUUGGUUGGGGUCCCAUUCCUUGGCUGGUGAUGUCUGAAAUAUUCCCACUUAAAGCUAGAGGGAUUUCCAGCGGUGCCUGUGUCUUAACAAACUGGUUUAUGGCUUUUUUAAUAACCAAGGAAUUUCAUGAUCUUACAGGCUUCCUGACUUCCUAUGGCACUUUCUGGCUUUUCUCUGUCUUCUGUGUUCUAAAUGUAAUUUUUACUGUCCUGUAUGUGCCUGAAACAAAAGGAAGGACAUUGGAACAAAUAGAGGCUCACUUCCGAAGAUCACCUGUGACCUGAGGUUCUUUCCCUGUAGGAAAGUUUUCCUGUUAGGUUACUGUUAGUGUUAUUGCCUAAACUUUCCAAGAAACAUCCUCUGGGUUAGUAGGCUGCACCUGAAUUCAUGAUGUGGUUAAACAUGGUUUAAAUCAACUUCUAAUCAAUUUUGUUAACUUUGGCAAAAAUCUGAAUUGCACUGUGGAGAACCAAAACAUUGUUCUCAUAUGCAUGUAUGUAUUCAGCUUCUUUCAGGUAUACAAAGCAGCAGGUGGUGCUAAUUCACUGUGAUAAAUGAGUUAUUCUCUUCUUUUCCCAGGCCUUGGAGCUUCAUUUGGGCUGUCACUGUUUUCUCUUUCCAAUGUUCCCUUUACCUACUGUAGAUCAGUUAUGAAGGCUGAAUAACUGCUUUUAAUAGAUUAGCUGGUAUGCUGUUCAUUCCGUCUCUUAUUGCAUGAGCCAGUCCUUUGUGCUAGGGAUUGGAAGGAAUCCCCUCUUCCCUGGCCCAGUGUUUAGCAUAGUGUAUGUAGUAUAAAUGAAACCUACUAUUGCCUGAACUGCAUUAACUUCAUACCCUAUUUUGAUUCUUCCACUGUCUUCACCUGUGCUUGUAUGGGUAGUGGCCUGACUAUUGAACAAAGUCCAGGCCAUUGGUGAGUACAAGUCCUGCAACUAAUGCACUGCCAUCAGCCCUCUUCAGAUGUUUGUAUGCUUGCUAAAUUGCUGAACACCCUCCAAGAGCCCUAAUGGCAGGAGGGGGUUUGAGCACCUCAGGGAAAUAUCAUAUUUAGUUGUAAUCUUGUGGGAAAAGCAGGCUAAAAUAGAGCACUUUUCCUUCUGAAAGCAUUGAAGGCACAGAAUGUUCAUAUACUUAAGUUGCAAACAAAUGUUGCAUAUGCAGGCCCCUACUAUACAUGGGCAGAGAGAAAUUUAAGACCUCGGGGGGGAGGGAGGGGGAAGACUAUGGCUAAAUAGUGAGUAAGGGGACAGGCCCUAUUGCUGAUCCAGGCAGAUAAGCUGGCCACAUCUCUGUUUAACUAUUUCCCAGAAAUAAAAGUACACGUUUCCAUUUGCUAUGGCAAUACAAAUAAUACUAUAACCGUCUCAGCAGCAUGUCAAGGCUGUAUGUAGCUAACAAAAGCCAAAACUAGUGUUGCUAUCUACAAAUUUCACCUUUAUAAGCCUGAUAGCAACUCUUCACUCAGAAGUUACUAUUUCUAUUACAUUAGUUAUUAGGGCACCAUUGGCACUGUACAAACUGCGGUAGACAUAGUCCCUUUCCCAUAGUUCAGGAUUCCACCUCAAGGAAGCAUUCAGGUUGUUAUAUAGUGUUAAACACACAUUGCAGCAUUACUCUAGAGUCAGUCUGACUAAUAUAUAAAAUGUAUGCAUCAAUUUUCUAUUUCAAGCACUUUUCCUAAUUUUAAAAACACAUAUUAACCCAGCACACUAAAUCCAUCUUAAACAGGUCUUAAAAACACAGCCUUUGGAGACCUUCCAACCCAACCUGCAUCUAAGAGCUCAAAUGUGUCUCAAUGGGCAAUGUUCCUUUACCCGCACCUGGAAAAGCAUGGGCGAACAGGCACGUAUUUUCCGUGAGUAACUUAAUUAAAAGGUAAAGGGCCCAGGUCUCCUUUCAUUAACACCAGUGUAAUUACUGACUUCAAGGGCAUUAGACUGGUACAAAUCAGGAGUAACUGAGAGGAGGGUCAGGCUGAAGGCCUGCUAAAUCAUUCCUGAACAUAAGAAAAUGCUGGCUGAGUGAGACUGGAGUGAGAGCUGUACACAGGUAGCAGGAUGCUAUGAAUGUUCAGUGUGUGACUAAAAUAAAAAUCAGUGAGUUAGAGACUUGAUAGGGAAGUAAGACUGGAUUGGAAAUUCUUUAGCAGUACAGCCAAUUGCUGGGUGGGCCAGAAAAUUGGUUUCUGCUAGCAAUAAAAGGAGAAAACAUCCAUAUCACAAAGGGAUCAGAUCCGUCAGCAAACCCUACAACUGCAGCUCUCUGCAAAGAUCUGUACAUUAGCAGAGUCAGUAAAAUGUGCAAAACCAAGCAAAAUUACCAAAUAUAGUAUUUGUGGCCACAAACUAGAAAUGAAAACAGAAGCAUGAUACAAACAAAAAGGAGCAACUCUGUAAACAAUGUGACAGGAGAAAUGGAAACAGAACUUGACUAAUGCAAAAUAUGAAUGAGUUUACGCAGACUAUCUGAAAUAAGACUUAGACACACACACAAAGGGGGGGGUGUCCCUGAGUCUGGGAAUGAGGGGUGCCAAGGCAGAGACAUCUCCUUGUGCAGAACCCUUCCAGUGAAUAGGUGGGGGAGAAUAAAGAUUAUUACUUUAGAAGCCCUUCAAGGCAGGAAGGGCUUCUGUUCAAACCCUGCUGAUACAUGUCUUCUCGUAUGAAGUAACUAAUAACAUCUCUUAAGAGAAAAAAUCCCAGAAACAUUUAAAUAAGGAAAACAGUGACCCAAAGUUGCCCCUUAUGAGAAUAGCACCACUCCUUCCAGACUACAGAAGAAUGAACAACAUGAGUCAGAACUUGGAGAAACUACCACCUUUGGAAAGGAAAGAAAAGCACUGUUCAGUGCUUCAUUGGUCUAAUGAUUCAUUAGUAAAUACCAAAGAAACAACAGGCUCAUGUCAAAUUUUAUAAAUAUUUAUUACAUCUCAAUGAACAAAAAAGUACCUGCUGCUCCUUCACAACAAUGGCCUAUUGCACUUAAAACAGCUUUAGUUAUUAUAGUAAUGGUUCCCUUUCUUUACAGGCUACAUUCAAAACAUGGUACAUAUACAUUACUUGCAAUUAAAAACAGUGGCAAUACAAUAGAUUUUAAGACACUUGGUGGUAGUUAAUUUUUAGAUCACAAAGGUUCAGCAACAGUCUAACAGUACAUAAUCAUUGAGGUACAUAACCCACUGCUAACAUUCAAACACUUCAAUAAAACAAAAAUCAGGGUUGACACAAACUGCUUUGUACAAACCUUAGAAUCCUAACUUCUUCCAUUCAACUAGAUAAAUACUUAAAUAAGAGGCAGUAAAUACAUGUGCAAAAAUAUUCCUGUUUUCUUUUUUCCUCAAGGCUCGUAGUAUUGUCAUGAAUUCACAUUUACACAGAUAAACAAAGGCUGCCGUUGGUAAUUUGAAUGUCACUAGUAGGACUAGGGCAAAGCAGACAUGCAUUAUACUAUACUAAAAAUACAUUUAGUAACCUGGCUGCUAGGAAAGACAUUUGCUGCCGACUCAAACACCAGAAUUUCCUGCAUCUUAGAAAUGAAAUCCAAAUGUCUCAAGGUCGAAUUUAUUCAAUCACAAAACAAAAUCCAUAAGAGCUUAUUCACCAACACCAGAAGGACAUGAGAAAAGAUCUCUUUAGCUAAAGUGGCAAACGCUGGGUGUAUAAACUACCACACCAAAUCACAGCACUAUUCAUUUUCAAUUUUUUGUUCAUUCUCACAGAAAGCUACAAAUAUGAUGUAAGAACACAAUGAACGGGGAAAGGAAUAUCCUUUAAAUAUCAUUAUAAAUGUAUGUGCCAACACACCAUUUUUAAUUUCCUGUCUUAUAAGGAGGAGUCUAAACUUAGCUGUUGAUGGACAGUGUUAAUAAACUUGAGUGUGUUUUCCAAAA